AUGGCGGCGCCGCCUGACAACUUCGGGCCCCCGGGUGCGGCAUUUUCCCCAUGUUGCCCUCCCAGUAUCCAGUCCGCGGUUGCAGCUGUAAGUCUCCGUCCCAGUAUCCAGCCCGCGGCUGCAGCUGUAAGUCUCCGUCCCAGUAUCCAGCCCGCGGCUGCAGCUGUAAGUCUCCGUCCCAGUAUCCAGCCCGCGGCUGCAAGUCUCUGUCCCAGUAUCCAGCCCGCGGCUGCAAGUCUCUGUCCCAGUAUCCAGCCUGCGGCUGUACCUUGCCCACCCAGCAUGCAGUGUUGGCCGGUGGCUGUGCCGGCCCCCUUGUGUCCCCAGCCAGGUGUGAGUGGUCCUGUCACAUCCAACAGAGUGACAGUGGACCUGAACGAGGAAGGACCACUCACACCUGACCAACAAGCUGCACUCUGUGCUAUGGUCAAAAGGCAGAUGGUGGACAAAGCACUGUAUGUAAAAACUGGAGGCAAGCCACUACACUUUGUACAAGUGCCAGUGUCCCAGAAAAAAUCCAGUGAAGCGGCACCAUCCACACUGCAGAAGCGAGCUCAGAGGGUGAGCGAUUUCAGAGAGAAGAUCAGUGGUGGCUCGGGGGAGGAGCAGAUGGCUGCGGAGCUGAAACGGCUGUCCAGGGACCGGCUCCUCCAGGUUCUGCAGGAAGGCGGGUUCGCCCAAAUCCGGAUCCCAGACGGCCACCUGCUGGGAGCAAAAUCAGGGCUCAACUUAAACUGGGGACAGUGUAGGAGCCUGAGAAGGUGGAUGAGAGAAUAUGGUGUAGUUGUUGAAAGUGAACAGACGUCACGGAGAAUCGCGGCGGACCUCCUCUCAGCAACCACAGUGGUUGCUGAGAACCUACCGUUUACAACGAAGGAUGACGAUGGAACAAAGAGAGUCGAACCUAGGCCUUGUGCCUUCCUCUCCUCGCUGGUGGCUGCCGUCCACGACUUCCUGGAAAGGAGCAAGAAAGCAGGGAAACUAACAUGGCACAGAGGAGGAAUUCCUGAAAUAGAGAUCUGGCUAAAGAUUGGGGGGGAUCACGGUGGGACAACGUUCAAGAUGGCCUUCCAGCCCCUGAACAUCAAGCACCCAAACUCAAAGGCCAACACAUCAGUGUUUUGCCUUUUUGAGUCGAAGGACAGUAGGGAAAACAUCACGACGGCCCUGGCAAGGUACAAAGGAGACCUGAAGAAACUGGAAGAGGAAAUGUGGAAAAGUGAGGAUGGAGAAACAUACCAGGUCAAGAUCUUGAUGACGGGUGACUACGCCUACAUGUCAACCAUCUAUGGAAUCUCAGGCGCAGCUGGUACAUAUCCCUGCCUCUGGUGCAAGAUCACGAAGGCAGGGAUAGAUGAUCCUGACAACAGAACAUUGCGGACGUCUUCCCGGGACCUAGACAACAUGGGGAGAAGAUUUUCCAGAGACUUCAUCCAACGAGGCCAGGGGAGACUCAGGAGGGCGCAAGACUUCCGAAACAUCAUAGCGGCGCCACUGUUCGACAUCCCACUUGAACAGGCAAUUGUACCAGGCUUACAUAUUAGCCUUGGUAUCUUCCUGCGGUUGUACCAGGAGUUUGAGGCUGCGGUGCAAGAUCUGGACUUAAAGGUACAAGCGUACCUACGGAUGCUGGUCCUGAGCGAGCCAAACAACCGCGAGGAAAUCAUGGCGGACCAGGAGCUGGGGCCAUUCCAGCGAUACGUGGACGCCAUCGACGGUGCCCAGAAGUACCGGUUGGAGGCCGAUGAACUGGACCAAACCAUCGAAGAACAGGAGGACCAGCUGGCUUUCCUGGCCUACCAAAUGCAAGUCGACGAUGAGAUGGCCGAAGUCGUCUUUGCUGAGGCAGCAUCCAUGGUCUCGGACCUUGUGCGAAAAAGAGAUAGUCUGAGAAAGAAAGAAGAGGAGAUCCUGUCGAAGGCAUCAGUCAAGCCUGGAAAGGGGCCACUGGCGAGUAAGCUGGAACCUGUAAUGAAGACCUUCAAAGUGAGGCGGGAGAUGUACCACAGCAGGACGUUUGUGGGCAACCACGUGAAUAGGAUGCUGCAUGACAAACCCAUAGAGGAUCUGACGUCCAGCGUGGUAAACACAAUGGUUGACCUCUCGCACGACAUAAAAGAGUUUAUGUCGCACUACCGGAGGGAUUCCAAAUCCGUGAGUAUAAAGAUGCACUUACUGGAAGAUCAUGUGGUCCCGUGUAUCCGCCACUGGGGCUUCGGCCUUGGUUUUCUGGCAGAGCAGGGGAUUGAAGAAGUGCACGCACAGUUCAACCACAUCUCCCAGUCAACACGUUCCAUCGCUGACCCUGUUGCACGGCUGAAGGCUACACUGAAGGCACACCUGCUAAAGGUCAGCCCAGACCACACGGGCAAGAUUCCUGAGCCUGUGAAGAGAAAGAGGACUCUGUAG